GCCCGGCCAGGGAUGCUCCAAGGGGCACGUUGGCUCAGGAGCCUGGGGGGCCCCGACUCCCAGCCUGCCAUAGUCCCUCCGCUGAGCCGUCGCCCCAUUGCCUUUCCCUCCCGUGCAGACGGGCCUUAUGGCCUGGCCGUCCAUUCGGACAGAGGCCUGCGAGUGGGGGCCGUCUUCACCGUGGGCCCGGGGGAGGCCGUCCGCUUCGACUGCUCUGCGGACUCGAACCCCCCCAACGUCUACUCGUGGAUGCGGCGGGGCGACAACUCCACGCAGGUGAUCGAACACGGCCCCCGGCUGGAGGUGGCGCCGGGAAGCCUGGGCCGGAGCACGGACUACGUGUGCUGCGCCUACAACAACGUCACGGGGAGGCGAGGGGAGGCCCGCGUCACGGUGGUCAUCACGUCUCUGGGUCUGGAGAAGAUCUCGGGCAAAGGCACGUCCUCGCUGGCCGUCCUGACGGGCCUCUCGCUGUUCCUGAUCGUCGCCGUGAGCCUGCUCUUGGCGUGGCAGAAGUGGCGGCCGCACACAGACUCGGGCCGGCGGCUGGGCGGCAGGCCAGACGCCGAGUAUCGGGCAGCGCAGACGCGUUCAGGGGACCCGCGAGGGCCGCGCCGCAGCUGCUCGGGCCACGAAGAUGCCCCGGACGACUUUGGGAUCUACGAGUUUGUCACCUUCCCAGAGCCGGCCACCGUCCCCAGGAUGCCCGGCGGGGGCUCGGAGCAGGGGCCCGGGCAGGAGGUCCGUGGCACCAUCUACGAAGUGAUCAGGCACAUCCCUGGGCAGGAGCAGCGCGGCCGAGCAGAGGAAGUGUGAGCCGAGCGCCAGAAGCCGUCGCCCGCCCCGACACGCCCCUCCGUGGCGGCGCGGCAGGGCUUUCGGGCCUCGAUGGUGGAGGCGGCACAGGCCGCUCGUCUCCUUCCUGGGCAGCCCCGCCAGUGUAACCCCUUCCUGAUCACGUGCAGCAUCCUGCGAUGGGGCCACAGAGCCAAGCAUGGCGCCCGCCGCUACGGGGAGAAGCUGGGACCAUGCUGGGGGCCCCUCCAAGGGGGAUGGGCAGGACCCCGUCCUUCCUUCCCAGCAGCCCUUUCUGUCCCCCCGACCGCCGCCCCACGUGCCCGUCUCCCCUUGUCCCGCUCAUCCCCAAGAGGCAGUUCCUGCGGCCCGCAAGGUUGUGGACGUCCCGACGGCCUCCGAUUCCCUCCAGGGACUGGCGCGGAUGUCAGGCAAGAAGCCUCCGAGGGAGGGCGCCCCGGCCAGGAGGAGAGCCCGUCUGCGGGGCUGGGAAAUGAAGACGGCCGCGAGGCUUGUCCGCACAAACGAGCCAAGGGCCGGACGCGGCACCGAAGACGGUCCUGAGGGGGAAUGCGGUGAGGAGGCGGCAUCCCUCCGAGAAUUCAUCAGAAGGCGGCAAGGGGCUGGUUCCAAGGCAGAAGAGCCCUACGGGAUAGACCAAGGAGCAGGCGGGGAAGUGACUUGUCCAGGGUCACACAGCCAAGCCAGGCUCAGAGGGCAGAUUUGAAUCCAGCAUUUCCCAUCUGCAGGCCCAGCUCGCCGUCCCCUUCUUGCACCACUAAAAAAUAGAUGAUCUGAACGUUGACUUCAGUGCGUUCAUUUUCCCAACAUGCCCCUUUUUUCGCGGUUCCACGCAAAACAACUGCUUUUGGACCCUUUAGAAUGGAGGUUGUCUCCCCUUCUACUCCCCUGCAGGCAGUGAAUGGCCUGCUGCAGGCCCUCUGCGCCCUGUGCGGCCAGGCCCACCUCUCAACAGAAAACAGCGCAGACGGCACGUCUCCAUCCGCCUCCGACUCCAGCAGGCCACCUUCCUCUCGCGGCCAUCUCGGAGGCCUGCUGCGCGGAGGGUCCUUUGGCUCUUCCCCUGUUGCUGGUCGACAUCUAUUGUUCUCCUGGUUCCACUCCCUUCCUUCUGCAGUUUCCAAUUCGUGGCGUCGCUGAACGUGUUUUGGGGCCGUCGCUCGGUCCAAGGGCAGGCAGAGGCGGGCGAUCCUCGGCGUCGGCUUCCACAUGGCUCUCCUGAAUGGACGUAUCAGUGCUCAGUUCAGCAGCACAGGCGUGCCCCGACCUCCCCGCUGGUCAGCCUGCUAGGCGCGAGGGGGUCAUCGCAGAGUGGUCUUCACUUGUUCUUUGCAGCACUGGUUUAACUUUAAAUUUCUUCCUCUGAGAACUGCCCACAUGAAUAUGUAAUCCUUUGACCAUUGCUAAGUUGGGGGAUGCUUUGUAGUCUUACAGAAUUUACCCAGUUUUCGAUACAGUUGAGAGCUGUUUUGUCAGAUACUUGCUUCAAGGUUUUCCCAAAUUCGUGGUUUCCCUUCUAAUCAUGACUGCAUUGUUUUUGUUCAGAAACAUUUCAAUUCUUGACUUCCUUUUUCACAAUUCUGACUUAUUUGACCAUAAAUCAUUCUCUUAUCCACGAAGCCUGCCAGGCAAA